AUGAGCUACUACUCGUCCCAGUACGGCCAACCUCAACCCUCCUCCAGCUCAUCACUCGACCCGAACCUCGCAUUUUACUCGGGCGGGCAGCCAUCCUUCUACUCGAACCGACCGUCGCUCGACCCGGACACACGACCAGACGUCUCAGGCGCGAUUGGCGGAGGGGUUGGAGGAGCGGGCGGUGCGGCGGGUGGUGCUGCGUUCGGCGGGCAGAUUGUCGUGCAGAACUGGUGGAAUGCGUUCACGCCUUGGACGGGGAUGGAGGGAGAGCCGCCGCUGCUUGAAGAACUCGGGAUCAAUUUCGACCACAUCCUCCAGAAAUCCCUGACUGUGCUCAACCCUUUGCGAUCAGUCGACCCUCACAUCAUGGACGACGCCGACCUCGCAGGACCGCUCGUCUUCUGCUUCGUCUUUGCCUCCUUCCUCCUCCUUUCCGGCAAGCCGCAGUUCUCGUACAUCUACGGCGUCGCCCUGAUCGGGUCCGUCUCGAUGUACGCCCUUCUCAAUCUCAUGUCGGAGAGCGGCAUCGACGCAUACCGCACCGCAUCGGUCCUCGGCUACUGCAUCCUCCCGCUCGUCCUUCUCAGCAUGCUUUCGGUCGUCCUGAGCCUUGACGGCAUGCUCGGCUACAUCAUCUCCUCUCUGAUCGUCAUCUGGUGCUCCUACUCGGCAUCCUCCAUCUUCGCAUCUGUCCUGCAUCUCUCGCAUCAGCGGUUCCUCGUGGCAUACCCGGUCGGCCUCCUGUACACCGCGUUCAGUCUGUUUGUGUUCGAGGUCAAGAAGCAGUAA